AACGUAUUCGUGAAUUGAAAUCGAUGGUUUCAUCAACCGAGCAAAAAUUUCGGGCCAUUGUCACCGAAAUUGAUGAUAUACGUUCCGGGAAGUUGGAUGCACUGCUUGUUAGUAUGCUGAAUGAGGAACAAAAGAAGGAAGUGUCCGAUCAGCGAGAGAUGCCUUUGGAGAAAGAGGGACCCGGUGAAGAAACGUCCAAGAAAAUUGCACCUUCCGAGGUUUCCUCAUUGUCGACACAAUUCAACGAACAAAAGUUAUUGGACGAAAAAAUGGAUGUCGACGAACCGGGGAAAAACGAUGAAAACGCGAUUAUCGAGGGUGACGACUCAAAGCCUCCUCAAGAAGGGAAGAUCGCAGAAGGUCGGGAAGGUGUUAAGGAUCACACUGAUAUCGAGAAAGCUCAAGUGCCGGAAAAAUCGGGACACAUAGAAUCUUCGGACGGCGUUGUAGGCACAAUCAAUAUGGAGAUAGAUCGACCACAGACCCCAAGACACGAUACCGUUGAAGAUGCGGCGUUUGUUCAAUCACCACCAACACCAAUUGGCUGGUGA